AUGCGCUCCACCCUGUUUCUUGCCCUGCCCGGCCUCGCCGGCCUGGCCUUGGCUGUCCGCAGAGACGGUGUGCCCGCCCCGGCUGCCGACGGCUGCUACACCAUCACGGCCGACGGCAUCAAGGCGCAGUUUAUCCCCUACGGCGCGACGCUGACCAACCUGUGGGUCAAGGACCGUCACGGGAACGAUACGGAUGUGGUGCUGGGGUACGACGAUGCAGCGUAUUACCCCAAGGACCCCGGCCACCCGGUCUACAACUCCAUCCCCGGGCGCUACGUCUCCCGCAUCGGCAACGCCACCUACACCCUGGACGGCACCACCUACGCCACCGAGAAAAACGACGGCGCCAACACGCUGCACAGCGGCACCAACAACUGGUCGUACCGCGUGUGGAACGUCACGGCCGUCGGCGCCUCGUCCAUUACGUUUGCCAUCUACGACAAGGCCGGGUCGGAGCAGGGCCUGCCGGGCGACGUGACGGCCAACGUGACGUACACGCUGACCGCCGGGCGGCUGGGCAUUGUCAUGUGGGCGUCGGCGGAUGCGCGCACGCCGCUGAUGCUGACCCACCACACGUACUUUAAUCUGGACGCCUACAAGAACACGGCGUCGCCCAAGAUCUGGGACCACACGCUGUACCUGCCCUACUCGCAGCGCUACCUCGAGGGCGACGACGGCGCCGUGCCGACGGGCCGCAUCCUGACGGCCGCCCCCGGGGCCGUCAACGACUUUGCGUCGGCGGCCAACCUGACGCUGGGCCACGCGCAGGCGGACCCCAAGUUUGCGAGCAACUGCGGCGGCGGCGGGCAGUGCGAGGGCUACAACGGCUACUUCUUGGCCGAGAACGUGCCCUCGGGUGACAGCGUGGUGGCCCGUCUGGCGGCGCCGUUUGCGGGCAUUGCGGCCGAGCUGCGCACCAACCAGCCCGGCGUGACGGUGUACACGUGCAACUGGAUGGACGGCACCGCGCCGCUCAAGAGCACCCAGGGCUCGGCCAACGUCACCAAGGUCGGGCGCAGCUCGUGCGUCGCCAUUGAAGCGCACGACUACCCGAACGCCAUCAACCACCCCGAAUGGAACCGCACAAAGUAUGAGAUUGCCAACCCCGGCACGCCGUACUUUUGGAACAGCUCGUGGACGUUUAGCACGUUCAAGUGA